AUGUAUGAGCGACAGUCGGUAUGGCCAUGGAGGACCCAAGGAGAAAUGGAUGCUGCUCUGCAAGACAAGGGGGGGAUCCUCCGAGAGGGGCGGAUCAUGACCAUGUUAAAAGAAAAUUGGUGCCGGGCUGGGUGUUGCUGGCCGGUGUUCUGUUGCCAAGUUUGGGCACGGGAGUCGGUGGCAGGAGACGGCAGGAGCGUGGCGAGUGAAACUGCCCGUCCGGUUUUGUCCUCGCGUACAGCGGGGGGCCUCCCCGGCAGCACAGCAGCACAGCGCCUAGAGUAG